ACUCUCAAAAGGCGUGUACGCUCCCAUCAAUGCUGUCUAGAUUAGGCAAUACAACAUAAGAAAUGGCUUCCGAGUCCCCUAACCCCAACGGAAAUACUCCGCAAGCCUCGGGCGUGUCAUCGAAUGGGGAUGCCAAAAGAAAGCCGGGGCUAGACAGCGGAACGCAAACGCGCGCAAAGCGGAAUCGGUAUAUUUCCAUUGCCUGUAACGAGUGCAAAAGGCGGAAGAUUAAGUGCAAUGGGCAGGUGCCUUGUCAACGAUGCGGGCAUCUCAAUCUUGAAUGCCUAUAUGCACCCAAUUGCUGCAAUGGGAACUUCAAGGACUCUGAUGAAUUUCGGUUAAUGAAAGAACAAAUUAAUACUCUCCAGAGCCAGGUCAAUACUCUUUUUGCCAGUUUGAACGAAUUGUCUACUUUCAAAACAUCGCUCGACUCGGUUCCCUUUGACUCAUAUUCUACUGAACCCUCUCGCUCCGGGCCUAUCUCAACUUCUCAAGAGCAGCCUUCGCCUGCCAGCCCGCCGCAAGCAAGACACCCUCGAUUCCAUGGCCCGACCAGUUCAGCUUUCAAUUUUGGCGUAGCCAGAGUGAGUCUCCGUGAUAUGGGCCUGACUUCUACCGAGAAUCCAAUCCACGAUGAGCUAGCUGCAGCUGCUGAGGAGUCAUCGCUUCCUACUGCUUUGACACGUCUAGCAGCAAUGCAUCCCACUAAGGAUCCUAUAUGGGCAAUUACUCGAGAGGAGGCAGUUCGUUUGUGCAGAGUGUACGAAGAAGAGAUUGGCUUAAUGUAUCCUUUCUUCAACAUUGAAAAAGUCAUUUCGCAAACAAAUCUUCUUUACAACUUUCUGGAAGCAGCGACGAGGACUGGCUUCACCCAAACUCAAUUACCGGGACCAGAUGGCCUGCAAGAUGAUGACUCUCUUAAUUUGAAAAUGAUUCUCGCUACAACAUUGGUUCUUGAAGGAGGAGGUCAAAGCACGUUAGCUCGGCAGCUUUUCGAGACUGUGAAGCCACUGUUUUACGUGAAGACACUGGAACCUGCAAACAUCAAGUCGAUUCAGCUCUUUUCGAUCAUGGCAAUGUACUAUUUUCACACAGAUAAUGAAUUGAUGUGUUAUCGCAUUACUGGUAUCAACGGCCGGGCAUGUCUUGAAUUAGGACUGCAUCGCUGGGAUGCAGUGAUCAAGGCUUUUCCGAAUGAAAGCGAUUGGAGAGAGGUCACUGGGCUGUUCUGGGCAAUAUAUAACCUCGAUCGAAGAUUCAGUUUCGGCACAGGCCUGCCUUUUUCAAUUCCAGAUAGUGACAUCGAUCCCAGCCUUCCGGAGCCUGAUGAUACAAGACCAUAUUCCAAGAGUAUGGUUGCAUACGAUCGGCUUAGUUCGAAAAUAUGGUACUCUGGUGUGGGUUAUAACGACUCUGCUGACGUCAACAGAGAGGAAAUUGGAUUUCUUGAUUAUCAGGUCUGCCAAUGGUACAAGAAUAUAUCGGAACAUAUGAAGCUCUCGGUAGAUUCACCCGGCAACGACACUUCUGGCAAUCGAGGAGUGCAGAGACUGCGGGUGAUACUAUACCUCCGAAUGAAUCACCUACGCAUCCUUAUUUACAGACCAGUGUUGCACUCAGCAUCAAGUAUUAUCGAGAACCAAGGACACGCUCGCACAGUAGUUGAUAUCGCUAGAGAUACCAUCCGGGUCCUGGCCAGACUCAAUCAAACAUCUGACAUAUACAGGAAGCAACAGAUCACCUUCAAUUGGUUUUUGGUUGCUGCACUUGCUGUUCUGUUCCUUGCUGUCUGUCAUGCUCCUGGUGAAUUCAGCCGCCAGGUGCGCGACGAAUUCUAUCUGGCGCUAGACCUCAUCAACGGCUUCAGCGCUCAUUCCUAUAUCUCCAUGAGAUUGUGGGAUUCAAUCAAAGGACUGCGCAAAAUUGCGGAGAAACUCGGUGUUUUCGGGCGCAGCACUGGACCAGAUGCUCGUGACCCCCAUUCUAGCGCAGCUGUUGCAAUGGCCGGCUUAGCCGGACAUCCCAUGGAAAGCAUCUCAGUAUAUGGACCAACAAUGGCGACAGUGUCUGAACUUGGGAAUAGCCCUAUGAACGGCCUACAGAUUAGUCAUGAAUUGACCAAUCUUUUCGAAGCUGUGGGGGCAUCCAAUUCCUUUGGGGCAGAUAAUCUCAAUGGAUUUAUCUCGAAUGACGGAGAUUUGCAGAACUCUGGCGAGGGCUUAGCAGGUGUUCUUAGCAGCGAUGCUGAGUUUUCGCGCAUAUUGAGCGGUCUGAUAUAAUGGCACUUAAAUCCGAUGUAUUGUAUGAAGAUGAUGAUGUAUGUAUCUUAUGAACCAUUCACUUCAUCGUCAGUA